AUGUCCUCCCAGGAUUCCCUCAUGCCCCGCCCCGACUCUUUCAACGCUCGCGUUCGCGGGACAAGCCAUAUCGAUUUCAAGACGGCCACUACCGGAGUAGCCGCCAAAGCCAUGCGCAACGAAAUCAGUCGUCUUGUCAGCACCGUAGACGAUCCCCAGACAAAAAAGGCGUUCGAUGUAGAAAUGCAGUCCUUCUUUUACCUCUUCACCCGCUACUUGGCUGAGCGAGCCAAGAGUGUCCCUCUCGACUGGGACCGUAUCAAGUCGCCAGCUGAUGACCAGAUCGUGCCAUACUCUGAUCUCCCAGCCGGUGAUGCGAAGAACCUCAACAAGCUCGCUGUUCUCAAGGUUAACGGUGGUCUUGGUACAUCCAUGGGUAUGACUGGUGCCAAGAGUGCUCUUGAGGUCAAGAAUGACAUGACAUUCCUCGAUCUUACCGUCAGACAAAUCGAGCAUCUCAACACCACCUACCGCGUCGAUGUUCCUCUGAUUCUCAUGACAUCGUUCAACACCCACGAGGACACCCUUCGCAUCAUCAAGAAGUACGCGAAUCAACAGUUACGAAUCACCACCUUCAACCAGUCGCGGUAUCCACGUAUCUUCAAGGAAACUCUCCUCCCAUGCCCCAAACGCGCCGAUGACGACAAGAAGGCAUGGUACCCUCCCGGUCAUGGUGAUGUGUACAACGCGCUGCUGCACUCCGGUGUCCUCGAUCAACUACUGUCUGAGGGUAAGGAGUACCUGUUCAUCUCCAACUCAGAUAACCUUGGUGCCGUUGUCGAUGAGAGCAUCCUUCAACAUAUGAUUGACUCUGGUUCCGAGUUCAUCAUGGAGGUCACCGACAAGACCAAGGCCGAUGGUGGUACUCUCAUUGACUACGAGGGCUCUAUUCGUCUUCUGGAAAUUGCCCAAGUGCCGUCAGAACACGUCGAGGACUUCAAGUCUGUUCGCAAAUUCAAGAUCUUCAACACGAACAACUUGUGGGUUAACCUGAAAGCUCUCAAGCGCAUCAUGGAGACGGAAGCGAUGGACUUGGAGAUCAUUAUCAACCCAAAGACCACUGAUGAUGGCCAAGCAGUUAUCCAGUUGGAAACCGCUGCCGGUGCCGCCAUCAAGCACUUCAAGAACGCCCACGGUAUCAACGUCCCACGGAAACGCUUCUUGCCCGUGAAGUCGUGUUCCGAUCUACUCCUCAUUAAGAGCGACAUCUACUCGCUGCAGCAUGGACAAUUGGUUAUCAAUGAGCAGAGAAUGUUCGAAACUACCCCUGUUAUCAAGCUGGGAGAUCAUUUCAAGAAGAUCGCGCAAUUCCAGAAACGCUUCAAGAUGAUCCCACGCAUCCUCGAACUCGACCAUCUGACUGUCACGGGCGACGUGUACUUCGGGCGCAACGUAACCCUUCGAGGAACCGUCAUCGUCGUGGCGAAUGAGGGGCAGAGGAUUGACAUCCCCGAUGGAUGCAUACUCGAGAACCGUCUUCUUUCUGGAAACUUGAACAUGAUUCUCUAA